AUGUUGGGCGCUUCUAGCGUUUCCCAAACAACAUUCGAACGAUUGCGCAAGAUCAAGCAAAAACUGCAAGACAUUAUGCACUCCCACUCCAGACCGAUGUCGAUCCCUGCAACCCAAACUGCGAUCGCGAUUAACCAGGCUGGCGAUUUCGAUGUCCUCGAAAAACUAACCCUUCCUUUCAAACCUGCACCGAGCGACAUUGUUGUCAAGACGGAGUACCUUGGCGUCAACUUCAUCGACACCUACUAUCGAAAAGGUUUGUAUCCCGUCAAAGGAUUCCCAGCUAUUUUGGGCUCAGAAGCAUCUGGAACGAUUUUGGCAUUGCCGACCGACGAGAAUGUGCUGAACGAUCCCGAGUACAAAAAGAGAGGGUAUAGUGUUGGCGCUCGAGUUGCUGUGUGUGGAGCUAGUAUCUUUGGUUUCCAAGCGGAUUAUAUUUCGUCGCCCUUCAAGAUUGUGCAUGUGCUGCCUGAAGUCAUUUCAACCCAGACCGCUGCCGCUGCGUCACUGCAAGGCCUAACUGCUCUGACCUUCGUUGAGGAGGCGUACCACGUCAAGAAGGGUGAUACGAUUUUGGUGCAUACUGUUGCAGGAGGGCUGGGUUUGCUCUUCGCGCAACUUAUCAAGGCGCGGGGGGCAACAGUUAUUGGUACAACGUCCACCCAGGAGAAGGCGGAGCUGGCCAAAGCCAAUGGAGCCGACCAUGUCAUCCUCUACAAGGAGGAGGACACAGUUCAGCGUGUGUUGGAGCUCACAAAUGGCGUCGGCGUUGACGCAGUUUUCGACGGGGUGGGGAAAGACACAUUUGACAGCAACUUCAAGAUGCUCAAGCGCAAGGGGACAUUGGUGUCAGUGGGAAACGCAUCUGGAGCCGUGGCUCCGUUCGCAAUCAGUCGUUUAGUGGAGAAAAACGUGGUGCUGUUGAGACCAACGUUUGGUAACUAUUGCCAGACGGCCGAAGAGCUCCUCUAUUACACAACGAAAUUGUGGGAAAUCAUUGGCGCAGGGGGUUUGAAGGUCAAGAUCCACCAGGAAUAUCCGUUCACUGUUGAGGGGGCAAAAGAAGCGCAGAAAGAUUUGACCAGUGGAAAGACGACAGGAAAGUUACUGUACAAAGUUGAGUAG